AACCAUGAAUGCAUGUCAAUCGGGACCUUCUUGAUACAAUUCUUUCAGCUUUUAAACAAAUACAUAUGCUUGCUCAAGAAUAACAUAUACAUACUUAAGAAAUAUGGAUAAAACGGUCUAUUAGGACUCUACUUUGUCAUGAUAUCAGGUUUAUAUCAUCACUCAGCAAUCAGCACAUUACAUGUUUUUCCUUGGAACUGAAUACUCUGAUGUUGAUUGAUAUUUUGAGGGCGUUGGUUCUCUGGGAAAUUUUACCUUUUGCUGUUCACGUGAUUCGGCCACAAGGCAAUAUGAAGCACCUGCUGAUCAACAAGCGACCAAUAUUUGUCGAGUUUCUAUUUCCAAUGUUAUUUAAGAUGCCCCGCUGAUUGACGACAGAAUGCUGCAAAGCCACAUCAGCUCUGGUCAUUAGUUUCGCUGAAAGCUUCGUUGUUUUGCAGUUUAGUUUAAGUGAUUAAGAAGAAUUAUUUCGGGGUGACAGUUUUCAAAUGGAUACGAACGCGACUGUUGCGACACUGCCCAAUUCAACGACAGUUGUAGCUAGCCCAGCUUCUGGCUCUUCAUAUGAUGUGAAAACGAUACUUCUUGCAGUUGCAUUAUGCCUUGUAAUAUUUGUGGGUACAAUUGGCAAUGGGUUCGUCUGUUAUUUUUUCGGAGUGAAACGCCGUAAUAAAUGGACGAUUCCAGACCGCCUUUUCCUCUAUCUUGGCAUUGUGGACUUACUGUCAUCACUGGUGAACCCAGCAUUCUUUCUCUACGUUGAACUAACGAGGUAUUCCAAAUGGCAUUUUGGAAGAGUCGCGUGCAAAGUGAUUGCACCUUUUGGACCGAUAACAACAUUGCUGUCAGCAUUACUUAUCCAAAUAAUAACUGUCGAUCGGUACCUUGUUAUUGUGAAGCCAUUUGGAAGGCGGUACGGCGCCAGACAUAUAAACAUUGCGGUAUUAGCAGCAAUAGUCUUGUCAAUUGCUUUCUAUCUUCAUUACAUUAUAUCAGUAGACCUUUACGGGACGAAUCCUGUAUGCAAGAUAUUAGAUGUUACCGAUAAGCGAUACUCCAUACCCAGUGUCACAAUGGUUUUGAUUCAGGACGUUACGUUCAUCAUCGUUAUUUUCUUCACCAAUAAAGCUAUAUACUCAAAGUUUAAAAAAAGACAGCGUAACUUUAGCUCCGAAUCUGGUGCGGAAGUAACUCACAUCCAGCGUCAAAGACUCUUCCGGAUGCUGCUCGUUAUGUCAAGUGUUUUCCUGCUUCUAAUUCUGCCAAGAGACCUUCUUCAGUUAUCGUACACUAUGUCAUGGAUGGAUGACGACGGGAUACCAUACACCAGGCAAAUUAAUCAGGCAAAUACCAUAGUGAAAAUCCUUCACGUCUCAAAUAGCUGCGUCAAUGUUUUCAUUUACUCUAAGAUGCACACACAUUUCAACGAGGCGCUCAAAAAAAUUGCUUGCAGAUCCUCACACCCAAAUCAUUCUUUUACAUCAGAAAGUACCAGUGCUCCCACUCUUAAUACUGCUAGAUAUUCAAGCAAAGAAUGCAAAGAGUCAACAAUGUAAAUCAAAUCACCAUUAAUGCACGAGACACUUAUAAACACUACAGUAUAUUAUAAAGUCUAGAAUCUAUACUAAGACCCCGCUAAAAAGAGAGAAGAACCUGUCCAGAUUUGUAUAUUUUUCGAUCAGCUGUCCAAAUACUUUUUGGACCGCCUUCAGAGCCGAUCCUCCAUGGAUCCAAUCUGGACCGGAGCUGUGUAUUAUAAUUGCUACCCUAGCGCUUUUCUUUUAACAGUACCUACUCUGCGGUGCCCCAGUUUUUAUAAUGGGCAUAUGUGUAGCUUGUAAAUCGCUUCUGUGCCCAAUCCCAUAUAUACGCCAACGUAUUAGCUCGAUUCCUGAGUAGACGCCUGUGUAAACAGGGUCUAAAAUUGCUGCUUCUCUCUUCACUCGCUUUUUGCUGUUGCCCAGAUCGCUGAUAUUAAAGCUUUUUUGAAUUAUAUAUCUUCACGUAUCUAACGAAGUAUUUGAAGGUAGAAAGAAUGGUAUAAUGAGAGAACUUGUGGCAUAACGAAAGUAUAGUAAAGGUGUAAACAAAUUGUUGCUGCUUAAAUGUAUUCAGACAGUGAUAAAUAAAUAUUGUCAUCUAAAGUAUAAAACACAAAAAAGCUGCAUCGUAAUCAUCUAAAGUUCAUCAAUUUUAAUCUUCAUUAAAAAUCCUUGCGAAUUUGCGAAUUUGUAUUUGAGAGUGCACUUGCACGCCUUGCAAUACAGACUCUGUUGGUCGAAAUCGAAAAAUCUGUCGCUUGCGAGGAAUAUCUUGAUCAACUAUCGCGCAAGAACUAUGUUCUUGAGGGAGGUGAAAAUCUGCAUCUUCAACGAAAAAAGUCGUCCAUGUGGAAUAGGCUUAGCCUAACGACACAAUAAGCCCGAUGGAUUUAAGCUUAGACUUUAAAAACAAAACGGGCGCCAAAGCAAAUGAAAUUCGUCCAAUUUCAAAUAAGGUACUGACUUUAUCAAUUGGAUCAAGGUACUGACUUACAGCGUUAUUUUGACGUCAAUUCUCCUCUGAUUGCAAUAGCUUUUUCUAAAACUGAAUGCUCAACGUAAGUCAACAAGUUACAGAUUGUGCGUCCGCAGACACGAACUAAUUACAGCAGACAAGUAAAAGUCCACUUGAAAUUUUUUCUAACUAUUAUGACCAAAUAUGUGAAUUUCGUAGCUUAGGAUUUUGGGAUCGUAAAUGUAAAAAUCUGAGAUCUUAUUAAAAUUCAAACUCUAGAGCAGAUACAUCUUCUAAUCGUUUUUAAUUGUGAAGCCCUGUCUCCACUGGAUCUCAAAUUGCACCAUUGCAUCGUUUGUUUCCUUUUUGACAGGGGUUAAGUUGAAUUAAAAUAUUUUGAACAGGCAAGGUGAAUUUCUGGAUAAGAAGUUUAAAUUUGACCAUCACUCAGUAUUGAUUGAGCCUGAAGUUUUGAAAAAUCAUUCCCUGUAUUGAUCAGAACAAUUGAAAGUUUGAAUUUUUUAAGAAACAACGAGUAGCCAAUUCAAUUAAAAACAUUAAAAAUCUUUCAUUGCUAGAAGUUCUCAAUGCUUCUUAACGGGUGUAUGCUAAGCUCCCCUGCACUUUGUAGACCUCCUUUAAUCUUAUCAUAAAUUGCUAUGAAAAAGGUGAUAAGAAGCCACAAAACAUUGAUAAAAGAAGCGGCAGCAGAAGUAUUCGAUCAAAAAAGAGUGCUUUAUCUUACGAAUCGGGCAUAUGCACUUGCCCUCAGAUCCCCCCUUCCAGUUUCAAAGAGCAAAGGACAUUUAGCCCUUUGAAAAUUGUAAAAAAUUUCCUUCGAUCAAGAACAAAAGAUGGAAUGGUCAAUUCCUUGAUGCUUCUAUAUUGUGAAAAAUAUAUUUUAUAUAAAACUAUAAAAUAAUACUGAGUAAAAUGUUGGUAAUUAUACAGAAGCUAGAAAUUUGUAAUAAGCAUAAGGCUAUUUAUAAAAAUCAAUUUACUAGGUACAGAAAGUUAACAGGUUGAAAAAAAUUCAUCAGGUAAAGUUGGAAUUUUCAAUCUUCUACGACCCGCCAAAAUUAGCCACUUGUUUACGUCCUUGUGUGUCAGUAGAUUGGUCUCUGAAUUGAGGAGAAAGGAUUAUUGAGGCUUGUAGGCAAAAGCUAUCUUCCUUUAUUAUUCGUGAUUUUUUAUCUUAUUGCUGAGUUUCAGAUUAUGAGAACACUAUUUACCACAUCGUAGGCUAAUCCGAAAAGAUAAAAUUUAGCGUUAAGCAGUCGAGAUUCUCUAAAAAGUUUCGAAUCCGUGUCAAAGUUCCGUGUCAAGUUUCGAAACAUCCACGGUAACGAAUUAGCAUACGGCUAAGCCAUACACACCUUUAGAAAACACUUUUUGGAGCUGCUUAGUAGCUUUGAACCUUACUGUCCUGGCUGGUAAGAAAACGGCAAAAAGCUGGUAAAUGUAUUAAUAAGUAAUAAGUAGUAAACCCAAUUUUUGAAACGUUAUUCAGUUCCACGGUAAAUCAAAGUGUUUCGUAGGGUACUGUUUUAUUGAUAUAAUGUAGAGAAAAAUCUUGAAUUGCACUGGAAACUCGCAUUACAGAC